AUGCUCACUCUGUGCCUGUUUCCCCAUGUCUCCUGUCUGUCUGAUAUCUCCUGGUACCACUGUCCAAUCUACAGCCCAAAUGAGGACUCUUGUCAGAGGUUCAUCCCCUUCAUCGGGGUAAGUGGCUUUUUUUCCCCCUUUCACCUUAUUGUAGAGACGGAUACAUUUUUAUCCUUCAACCUGAUCAUUUCAACUUGUGUCCAUGGGGUCCAUAUUUUUCACCCUGACCUCCCUCCCCAGAUGGUGAACGUUGGAAUGGUGGAACAGUCAUCAGCGACAUCAGGUUAGUGAUGGGUUUCACACCAAUGGCUGUUUGCAUGUUACUACUUUCAUGUCGUCAAUGAGAACUUUUUGAUGGGAUACUGUAGGUUACACAGUAUACUUAUUAGGGCUGGGUUUCCUGGGCACCAAUUAAACCUAAUCCUGUACAUUUAAUCUAGGCAUAGGUUUACUCUUGUGUCCCGGGAAUCUGGCCCCUAAUCUAAUCUAUCACUUGAUGUAAUUGUACCCCCUGUGUGUUGUACCAGCCGGAUGAUGAUUGUGAUCCCUGUGUCUUCAUCAGGUGACUCGGACGAUGCAGCUCCCAUGGCGACGGCCCUCCUCUCCUCCACCCCUCCUCAGGUGUCCCCCGCCCUGAAGGAAGCCUCGCCCACCCCUCCUUCCUCCCCCUCUGUCCACAGCUCAUACAGGUACAGUACAGGUACACCACCACAACUGCUUCUGGAGGAGUAGAGAAGAUAACCGUCUGGGGGGGGUUGAAUAGUUUAGAUUGUGGCGUCCAUAUUGUUCAUUUCGCCAACGGAUUUGAUUUUCUACCUUCCCCCCCCCCCCCCAUCUUGUACCAUUCUCCCUUUUCUCCUCAUGCCCCCUUCCUCCCUCUGUGGUGUGAUGUCUGCUGGGUGUUGUAGUUCUCCCCAGGGGGAGCUGAUGGGACUACAGGUUGACUACUGGGUGGCUCCCUGCCCGGCUGACAGGAAGAGGGACGUGGAGAAGAGGGACUCUUCCUCCUCCUCCUCCUCCUCUAAGAACACUCUGAAGUGUACGUUUCGCUCGCUGCAGGUCGGCAGGCUCCCCCAGGCCGGGGCCCAGCCGCAGACCACCAUGUCCAUGACCGUCGUCAUGAAGGAGAAGAACAAGAAGGGUAAAGGUUAUAAAUAAAGUAAAUCAAGUAUCUUUAUGGCUAAGAGCUGGGAUUGACCGUAACGCUCCUCAUGAAGGCCAACUGCAGACUCAACACAGACACACUAGUGUAGGGUUUCCCCGUGACACUCCCUUUAAUGAAUGGAAUCACUCCUGUAUAUAUUGUUAUCACUGAUUAGUGAAGCUAUUCGAAGGACAUGAAUGAAAUCACAAUUAUCUUGAAAUGUAAAGCCCGAAUCCUAACUUGAGUUUUUGCGAGAAAAAAAAUAAUAAAAAAAAACGUUUGUCGUCAUCGUUGAUUGUGAUGAUUAGCAUUCACAUCUUAAGUUAGGAAUCCUGACUCUUCUGUUCUCUCUUCUCAGUCAUGUUCCUGCCAAAGAAGACUAAAGACAAGGACAUGGAGUCCAAGAGCCAGGUCAUCGAGGGCAUCAGUCGACUGAUCUGCACAGCCAAGCACCAGCAGACCAUGCUGAGGGGUAAGACUCCUCCUAAUCUCCGGACCCAGACAACCAAAUCUAGUCACGUUAGCAUUCAUGUGUUUACAUCUGACUCGUUUUAUACCCAAAAGAGUUUAGACCAUCUUGUCUUUAAACAGAUGCUGACAAGUCUAUCUGAUUCAGGUAUUAAAUAGAUACCCAAGAACUAGUAUAAGAACAUGUAUUGUGGGCCUCCCGAGUGCCGCUGCGUCACUACAGACCCGGGUUCGAUCCCAGGCUGUGUCAUUACCUGGUCGUGAUCGGGAGUCCCAUAGGGCAGCGCACAAUUGGCCCAGUGUCGUCCGGGUUAGGGGAGGGUUUGGCCCCGGGGGGGGGCUUUACUUGGCUCAUUGCUCAUCUAGUGACUCCUUGUGGCGGGCCCCGGGGCCCCUGCAGGCUGACUUCGGUCGUCAGUUGAACGGUGUUUUCCUCUGACACAUUGGUGCGGCUGGCUUCCGGGUUAAGCGGGCGGGUGUUAAGAAGAGCGGUUUGGCGGGUCAUGUUUCGUGGGACGCAUGACUCGACCUUCGCCUCGACCCGAUCCCUUUGGGGAGUUGCAGCGAUAAGACAAGAUCAUAAUCACGAAAUUGGUUGAGAAAAAGGGGCUAAAAAUUAAAAUAAUAUUGUAUUGUAAUAUAUUAUAUUCUGUGAUUCAGGAAUGUAUGUAUGUAUGUAUAUAUAUAUAUAUAUAUAUAUAUAUAUAUAUAUAUAUUAUUAUUAUUAUUAUUUCAUCUUCUCUCUUCUUCCAGUGCUGAUUGAUGGCGUGGAGUGGAAUGAUGUCAAGUUUUUCCAGUUGGCAGCACAGUGGUCGUCACAC